AUGGCUGACAAGGAAAGUCCACAACUCUCACAGGAUGACCUCCUAGCUCGAAUCGCCGAGCUUCAGGCAGAAGUACGAAGAAUAGCUGAGCUGUCGACGCAGAACAAUGGAGAAAGCUCCAAAAACUCGGCUCAAGGUUCUAUAGACCCUUUAAACAUCGCCCCGCCAAAGGAAAAGCUCACCAUCGACAACCCCUUCUCCGAGGAGAUCACAAAUUAUCAGAUGCCAAAAAACUUUACUCUCCCCACCGCACUGGAGCCAUACAAAGGGUUCGGCGACCCCCGAGCCCACGUAAAGAAGUUCCAAUCAAUGAUGUUUUUCAACGGCCCUAAGAAUGAGCCCGUCCUCUGUCGAGCAUUCCCCACCUACCUCGACGGCGCUGCAUUACUCUGGUUUUCUAAACUCCCUGAAGGUUCAAUUUCCUCCUUCGAAGAUCUUGCCAGAUCAUUCAUCGAUUACUUUGCCGCGUCAAGGAUCUACGUACAUGGAUCGAACUAUCUCGGCACUAUCAAACAGGUCCAGCACGAGAGCCUGAAAGACUACAUGACCAGAUUCGCGGAUGCCACUAUGGAGAUCCAGGACUUGGACCCGGCCGUCCACCUACACGCUCUGAAAGCCGGCCUCAGGCCCGGCAAAUUUCGGGAGACCAUCGCUAUAACAAAGCCAAAGACGCUUGAGGAAUUCCGAGAAAGGGCGGCAGGACAAAUGGAGAUCGAAGAACUCCGAGAAGCCCAAAAACCAGACAAACAACCACAUCGGAGAGAUGAAGAAAGAACUUUCAGAUCACCAGGCAACAGGGACAAUAAGAAACCUUCCAAGCCCGUUUCAAAGUAUAACACAUACACCAGAUUCAAUACCAGAAGAGAAAACAUCAUCAGAGAAAUCCUCAACACCAAAAUCAUAAAGCCACCAGUCCGAGCAGGGAACUACCAGGAUCAAAGGUUCGUGGACAAGACAAAACAUUGUGCUUUCCACCGGAAGUUCGGCCACACCACGGAUGACUGCAUCAUUGCAAAGGACCUCCUGGAAAGGCUAGCACACCAAGGGCUCCUAGACAAAUAUAUCGAGACCCAGAAGAACAGAAGAGGAAACUCAGACAGGGUAGAGAAUAAGCAAGCAAUGGCCGACGACAAAAAAGAGAGGCCGCCUCCUGAUCCGCCAAGAGGAGUCAUCAACCACAUAUCAGGGGGAUUCGCAGGUGGAGGAGAAACAAGCUUGGCCAGGAAGCGAAGCUAUAGAGCAAUGCUAGCAAUCGAAGGAACCAUACAACCAAAGAAGGACAAAGACCCAGACGUCACAAUAUCCUUCAACCAAGCAGACUUCAGAUCGGCAAGCCCUAACCUCGACGACCCCAUGGUAAUUUCAAUCCAAGUCGGAGAACUGUUGGUAAGAAAGACACUAUUAGAUCCAGGUAGUAGUGCUAAUGUUUUAUUUUACUCUACCUUUACAAAAAUGAAAUUAUCUGACAAAUUGAUACAACCUUCCUCCGGAGAGCUAAUUGGGUUCUCCGGAGAGAGAGUCCCCAUCAUGGGACACAUAUGGCUAAAGACCACAAUGGGAGAAAUCCCUAUGUCAAAGUCAAUUGAUAUUCAAUUCCUAAUAGUAAACUGUUACAGCCCUUACAAUAUUAUACUUGGGAGACCCGCCCUGAAUAUAUUCAGAGCGGUGGUGUCCACAUUACAUCUGUGUGUCAAGUUUCCAGUGCAGGAAAACAAGAUCGCUACGGUGUACGCCGAUCAUCAAGAAGCUCGACAAUGCUACAACGCUGGUCUAAAACCAGUCCAAACAAAACAGGAAGCUCGGCCUCAGGUUCAAGCAAUCCACACGUCUGCCAGCCCAGCGACACUAGCCGACCUAGACCCUAGGGAAGAUCUCGGCGAAAGACCUCGGCCGAUGGACAACCUUCAACAAGUAACACUAACGGCAGACGAGAAAUAA